GGCUGGUCGUUGAAACCCCUUUCACAAACCUAAACAGUAAAAAAAAAAAAAACCAGAAAAUUAGUUCAACGAAUCAAUCAAAUUACGGUCAUCGGCAUGGCGGAUUCGGUGACGAUGGAUGCGUUAGAGGCGAUCACGACCUUCGAAUCGAUGCGGUUAAACGACGACGUUCUCAGAGGCAUCUACCACUUCGGCUUCCAGAAGCCCUCCGCCAUCCAGCAGCGCGCCCUUGUCCCUAUCAUCGGCGGCCACGACGUCAUAGCCCAGGCCCAGUCUGGCACCGGAAAAACGUCCAUGAUUGCCGUCGCUGUCUGCCAGCUCGCCAACACCGCCUCCAGGGAGGUCCAGGCGCUGAUACUCUCGCCGACGAGGGAACUGGCGGCGCAGACGGAGAAGGUGGUGCUGGCGGUUGGGGGUUUCGUGAAUGUACAGGCGCAUGCUUGUGUCGGAGGCAAAAGCGUGGGCGAGGAUAUCAGAAAGCUUGAGCACGGGGUCCAUGUGGUGUCCGGAACACCCGGCAGAGUCUGCGACAUGAUCAGGAGGGGAGCUUUGCGCACCCGAUCGAUCAAAUUGUUAGUUCUGGAUGAAGCUGAUGAGAUGCUGACCAGAGAAUUGAAGGAUCAGAUUUACGAGGUCUACCGAUAUCUUCGUCCUGACCUGCAGGUUUGCUUAAUUUCCGCUACACUUCCUCAAGAAAUUUUGGAGAUGACCAACAAGUUUAUGACCGACCCCGUUAGGAUCCUUGUCAAUCGUGAUGAAUUGACUUUGGAGGGGAUCAAGCAGUUUUUCGUUGCGGUUGAAAGAGAAGAAUGGAAGUUUGACACUUUAUGUGAUCUGUAUGAUAAUCUUACAAUUACUCAAGCUGUUAUCUUUUGCAACACAAAGCAAAAGGUGGACUGGCUCACUGAGAAGAUGCGGAGCAAUAACUUUACUGUGUCUUCAACGCAUGGAGACAUGCCUCAGAUGGAGAGGGAUGCUAUUAUGGCUGAAUUUCGCAGUGGCAAUACUCGUGUCCUCAUCACCACAGAUGUUUUGGCCCGGGGUCUUGAUGUUCAGCAGGUUUCCUUGGUUAUCAAUUAUGAUCUUCCAAACAACCGAGAGCUCUAUAUUCAUCGGAUUGGUCGUUCCGGCCGUUUUGGGCGCAAGGGAGUGGCAAUAAACUUUGUCAAAAGCGACGAUGUAAGGAUUUUAAGAGACAUUGAGCAGUACUACGGUACCCAGAUUGACGAAAUGCCAAUGAACGUUGCGGAUUUGAUAUGAGCUCAUAGCUGAGUUGCUGGCCAUCCUACGACCGUUCUGUGUCGAUUUAAAUUCAGUGACAUGGUUUUUCUGAUGUUGAUUAAUAACUGGCAAACUUGCAGUUGCCCUUGCUCCUUAUUUUUCUAUGGAUUAAUGACUAGCUUAAAGCUUGAAUGACAUUUUCUUCGUUGAUUAA